AUGGAACGUAAUAAUGAAAUAAGCUCUAGUGAAGAUGAGUUUGAUUUAGAAUUGCUAAACGAGGAAAUUACAUCUAUACACAGAGAGCUUGACGAUAGAGAGAACGCGAGCAGUGAUGAUGAUAAUAAUGAAGUAAGAGGUGUAAGAAGGCGAAAAAUUAGAAUAAUAGACAGUGAAGGUGACAGUGACAGUGAUGCUGGAGAAGACCCACAAUCCGACAGUUCCGAAUGGAUUAGCUGUCCAGAAUCCGAAGAAAUACCCCAGAGAAUACCGUUUAUAGCCGGCAACAAUCCUGCAGGACCGCACAUAUUCGCAGACACGAAAGAACCGUUAGAUUUUUUUAAACUAUUUUUUACUGAUGAACUCGUAAAUGAAGUAGUUACAGAAACAAAUAAUUACGCUAGAAGAAAGUUAGAGAACAAGACGCUAUCACCGUACUCGAUAUGGCGAACUUGGCACAGUGUGACUACCGAAGAAAUGUGGGCAUUUAUUGGCGUUAUAAUAAAUAUGGGGACAAUGCCGCUCGCGAAUUUGCAAGAGUACUGGUCACGGAAUGGUAUGCAGGUCCAAGAACCCGUUUGCAGCUAG